GAGGAGCAGGAGGAGGAGGAGGAGGAGGAGGAGGAAGGAAUAGGAGGAGGAUUAGGAGGGGGCAGUGACAGAGGAGAGAGAAGUGCCGCCAAGCAAGCAUGAGGUUUUCACUUUCCAUUCUCCUCUCAGCAGCAGUCAGAUGAGAGUCCUUGCACACAAGAGUGCCUUCUUCCCCUCCCGCCUGUGGCUCUUGGACUCGGCUGAACCCCGCCACAGUCGUCAGCGCUGCCUCGCAGGGCAGCCGACGCCAUCCACUGUGCCACUGAUUCGCUGAAGUCAGGCCCCUCCCUUCCCCGCUUGCUUCCCUCCUGCACAGAUAAAGCCUGAUGCUGAGAACGAACUGAUCCAAUCAGCUGUCGUGAGCGGGAAGAAGAUCGUCACGCUCAUUGUCCUCUCCACCACACCCUUUUCCUCCUCCCUCUGCUUCUUCCCGUCAUGGGCCGACGCGAUCAAUAAUGUUUUACCAUCCUCUCGUCUGACAGUCUAGCUGAGCAGCGAGCCGAUAUCUGACCGCUAAAGGCGUCUUAUUUGAGGCAAGCAGGCCCUGAGGAUGGGCUACAGGUGGUAGCGACUCAAGAGGCCUCCCUUGGCUCAGAUCCCAACAAAGACCCUUCGAGCCCACCCUUUCCCAUGCGUCCAUGUCAUUGACUCAUUGCUCCUCAUUCGCAACACACAAGUGUGCUUAUAAUUGCAUUCGCUGGAUAUACAUCAUUCAUCAUCAGCCCCCGUUGGCUGCUUCUGCAACUGCUGUCACUCUCGCUCCAAAAUGGCGGUGAACGUGAUGCCCAUACGGGACACAAAGUGGCUGACUUUGGAGGUGUGUCGGGAGUUUCAGAGGGGGAUGUGCUCAAGGCCGGACAACGAGUGCAAGUUUGCCCACCCCGCCAAGAGCUGCCAAGUGGAAAACGGCCGAGUCAUCGCCUGUUUUGACUCGCUCAAGGGCCGCUGUUCCCGGGAGAACUGCAAGUACCUUCACCCCCCACCCCACCUGAAGACCCAACUGGAGAUCAACGGGAGGAACAACCUCAUCCAGCAGAAGAACAUGGCAAUGCUUGCCCAGCAGAUGCAGAUCGCAAACGCCAUGAUGCCUGCCACCCAGCUGCAACCCGUGCCCAUGUUUUCAGUCAUGCCCGGCCUGGCGACCAACGCCAAUGGCGGCGCGGCGGCAGCGUUCAACCCCUACCUUGGCCCCGUGUCGCCUGGCCUGAUGCCCGCUGAGAUCCUGCCCAGCGCUCCCGUACUGCUCACCAGCAACGCCAGCGUCCCCGUCCCGGUCGCCACCGCAGCACAGAAACUAAUGAGGACAGAUAGACUGGAGGUAUGCCGGGAGUACCAGAGGGGUAACUGCAUGCGUGGCGAGAACGACUGCCGCUUCGCGCACCCGUCUGACAGCACCAUGAUCGACACCAACGACAACACGGUGACGGUGUGUAUGGACUACAUCAAGGGCCGCUGCUCCCGGGAGAAGUGCAAGUACUUCCACCCGCCUGCCCACCUACAGGCCAAAAUCAAAGCGGCUCAGCAUCAAGUCAACCAGGCGGCAGCCGCUGCAGCCAUGGGACUCCCUCCCGUCCUGUCCCCUUUACCAAAGAGACCCGCACUUGAAAAAGCCAACGGUGCCACCACCAUGUUCAACGCUGGUGUUUUCCAGUACCAACAGGCCCUGGCCAACAUGCAGUUCCAGCAGCAGGCUGCCUUCAUCCCGUCGGGCUCGAUAUUGUGCAUGACGCCUGCAACAAGUGUUGUACCCAUGAUGCACGGUGCUACUCCGGCCACUGUGUCUGCAGCCACCACAUCUGCCACAAGUGUUCCCUUUGCAACCGCCACAGCCAAUCAGAUUCCGAUGAUAUCUGCGGAGCAUCUGACUAGUCACAAAUACAUGACCCAGAUGUAGGAGCCUCACUCACAACAGUGGAUAAGGAGCCAAGACCAGCGAUUCAUCAGGCAACCGAUUUAGAACCUGCUGAAACCACACGUCAACAACAACAGAGUUGGUGGAGUUUGCUCCAGUCAUUUCACCCACACAGCAUACAGUACAUCUAAAGAGCGCCUUCUUCCUCCUCUCUGCAAAGCGAGGGCGCGUUUACCUUUAUUCACCGGGCACACUUUGAAUGUGAAGCGAAUAAGACGAUGGGCCGCGUCCAUUGAGGCAAAGGAGGAAUGGCGGCAUCUUUUUUUGUUCAUUGGUUGUCUCAUGUAUUUACUCAAAGGUGCACCUUAUAUUUCAGUUGAAAGAGACGAAGAAGAAUUAGACUGCGUCAUGAAGGUUUUUGUGUUGUUUUAAAUCAUCCCCUCCACCCCCCCCAAAAAAAAAGGGCCACACAUGUGCUAAUAUGACAAUGGUACUGCGGUCACGCAAAACAAUGGCUUUCCCUUUAAGGCGUCACUACUCGUCUUUGGUCCCGUCACGACCAAACACUGCUGAUACGAAAUCCUCAACUCUUCUGCGAUGAGGUCAACCAAGAUGUGGAAUUUGUGUUCAGUCGCCAGGACAAUGCAAGCGGGCAUGUGAUUAGAUUUUUUUUGGGGGGGGGGUCGUUCCGAUUUUUUUUAGUGUCGAUGUGAUGUUGUGGUCAGACAUUUGUUUGUCUGAAUUUUCAGAUUUUUAGCAAAGGUUUUUUGAUUUUGAUUUUUCAUUUUUUAUGUGGUGUUUUUGUGGUUCGAUUUAAGUGGGGUACACACAAACUGACAACUGAGAUGAAUUUGAGCCUUUUCGCACAUUUGCAAAGAAAGUCAGAAAAGGCACCAUUUGCACCGGUUAACAUUUUUUCCCUUUUUCUUUCUUUUUAAAUCAGAGAUACUAGCAAACCAGAUACUUUUUUUUUGUCUUGCACAUCAGGUUUUCAGAAUACGAUACUACUAUUAAUAAUAAUAACAAUAAUAUGUACAACAGUAACAUAUUUAGUACCAUUUAUAAAUUACAUUUGACAAGGUUAAGCAACAGGUGGAUUUUUUCUGAAACAUCAUAGCUUUAAAUUCCAACACAUGGAGAAAUCUUAAUGGCGAAAGCAUUCAUAGGACACAUUUCAAAACAAAAACUAAAAAUAUCUCAAAAGCCUGAUGUGCUGCAAAAAAAGUAAAGACGGGUUUUAAAUCAGCAUCAAAAAUACAUUAAGGGACAUAUAAAGCCAUGUCUGAUUAAAAUUUGCUGUGUUAUAGUAUGUUUUUGAAAGGUUAACCUGCCUGAUUGUGUGGAGCGCGUUAAGAGUGAUUUAAAAAAAAAAUCCUCCACGGAAACAGUCGGGACGGGCCAUUGUAAAUGUUAAACCUCUGCAAUAUUUAUAAUAGCAAAUCCUUAUGUGUGUGGUCAACAUCAGAUUCAGCCCAUCUGUGAUAGCGACGUGAAACAGAACAAUAACCAGUCGGGAAUGGCCCUGAAACUCAAACUGCUGCCAGACAUAAAAAGAGGAGUAACUGGUUGUGUCAAGGUUUUGCAAUAAUAUGAACCCCCCCACCCAGCCCCUUGCCCCCAGAAAAAAAAAAGACUAAGUAAAGUUUCAAACCUCAAUGUAGCUAUGAGACAAACUAAGGGCCUUUUCGGAAAGUCACCUCGCCGAACCUUUGUUGAAUGAUGUCAUCAAGUCAAGGAUGGAUGAAAAGGUGCCUCACAUUUUCUUGUGUUUACAGCUCUCACGCCAUCCAUAAUUCGAGCAGCUAUGGAUAGUAAUGCUAGAUUUGUUUUUGAGGCGUGUUUUUUUAAACCUUCUGUUGCUACUGUUCUUUCAGAUGAUAUUUUGAUGCACCUUUUUUCAUCUAUGCUACUCUGCGUUUUUUGUUUUUUGUUUAUUUUUAUGGACUUCGCAAGUCUUUGCAUCGUCUGCUAGCUUGGUUGCUGGUCUGUUGCUUUAAAUUUGACUGCCACAAAAGAUUGUAAAAACCCUCACGGAAAGGUUGGUCAGGAGGCUUGAAGGUUGCAUCGAGGCACCUUUCUGAAGCAUUUUUAGAAUUCAUUCUCCCAAAUACUUCAGGGUCACCGCGCUCAGAUGAAAAGAGUUGGUCCCUCUUUGUUUAUUUCUUCCUAGACUACUAGUUUUUUCUUCUUUGUGUUUACCGGCAUUCUGGAUGCGCUGCGGCUCAAUGCUGCCUGUAAGCAGAAAUUUUCAGUGUGUGGGUGUGCUGUGUUUCUCAUCACGAGUACACCAUACCCUGGAAGAGAAGUAAGAUCAUGUUGAUUUCUUUUUAUGGUCUUGUGUUGGGUCUUUUUUAAAAGUCGGUUAACCCUUUCAGGGACCACGGUUACUACAGUGGACAGCUUAUCCUGUUAUCAGGUUACAGGGUUCCAUGAAAGGGUUAAAAUGCAAUGUGUGUACCCCGCUUUUGGGAUUCAUUGGAGUUUGUCAAUUCCUCAGUAUUUCAUGGAUGGGUAGCGCGUUGAAAGUAACACACAAAAAAAAAACCUAAAUGAAACGCAAAGGUUACGAUUGUAUCCCUCAUGUAAAGCCUUAGAAUGUACCGUCGGGUCAGCACAUUGCAACAUAUCAUUGGGAAGCCAUGCAAUGCCGCACUCGUUUGAAUUCUUUUUCAUUCUAUUUAUCUCGAUUAUACCGCAUCGUGGAGUGUCUCUUUACGUGUUCCCUGAUCUUUAACUGAAACUCGGUGUAUGUGCGUUUUGAUUUGAAUAGGACUUGACGGUAAUGUUAGUUAUUUUGUUCGUUAUGCGUACCGACCAGAUGCAUAUUGGUGUUCACUCCUCUUCUCUCUUUGUGUUCUCGAAAGCAAAAUUAUGAUAUUUAUAUACUCUAUCCAUUUCAAAUAAUAUCUAUUGUUUGAAUAUUUUUACUCUCCUUGGAAAUUGGGCCAUGUUGAAAAAAACAAACCGUAUAUUUUUAUUUUUAUUUUCUUGGUGAGGUCCCGUGACAGAACGUCUCUGCUCACUCAGCCAAUUGCAGACAAAAUGGAGAGGAGGGUGGUGGGGGUAAGCUCCCAAGGUGAUUUUUGCACUUCUGUACAUAGUCAAAAAAAAAGAGAGAAAUCAUGUAUAUUGAGAUCUUAUUUUGAAUAAAAAGAAAUGUCUAUAAUGACAGAGCGUUUUGUUAGGAUAACCACAAUUAAAAAAAAAAAGGCUGAACAAAAAGAAUCGCUUGCAUCCAAAGGACGCGGAGUUGUCAUUGGCUAACCCGGUCCCCUCUUCUGGAACGGCCAAUGUCGCUCUUAAUUUUUUUUUCUUUAUUUUCUUUUUCUUUUUGUUGUCAGCCGCUUGUAGUUUGCCCGGUAACCUUCCGGAGGAGGCGUGGGGGGCGGGGGGGGGGGGGGGGGGGGGUCACUACCCUCACUGCACUGACAGGCCUGUGAGGCCGAACCAACAUACCACAUACUGUCUCUUUAACUUGGGGACAAAUGCAUGUUAACCAUAUAAACACACCUACACACACACACACACACACACACACAUUACUAAGACAAAAGAGAACAUCUUACAGAUAAAGAUGUAUUUACAAUAUUCAUACACUAUCCGUAUGUAAUGGGAUAUGUACUUUAAAAAAAAGAAAUAUAUAGAAUAUGUAGAAUAGUGCUUUAUUUGAAAAAAAAAAUUAAUUCUGAAACUACAGUUUAGUCACCACUUGGAGAGACAUGCAGCACAACGCUCUUAAUAUGUUGUGUUCAUGUAAACCAGGGGUCCCCAAACUUUUUCCUGUAAGGGCCAAAUAACUUUUCCCUUCUCGGAUGGGGGGCCGGUGUCAGUUUGUAACAUAAACGAUCGUAGGGGAGCUUAAAAAAAUUUAUUGUUUCCCAGAAAGCCACAGAUAACCAAAUAACCCUUUCCAGGUUCUUUACAGAAAAAAAAGUCAGGAAGCAAAUAAUAACACUAUUUAUGAAAUAAAUAAUAACUAAAUAACCCUCUCUGAGUUCUUCACAGAAAAAAACAGGAAAUAAAUAAUAACUAAACAACUCUCUCUCUUUAUAGCCCCUUGAAAUACACAAAAAAAAAAGCUCUGACAUCUUCGAGAACGCCACCUAUCUUGUCUUGUUUAUGUCUGCUACCGUCUUGUUCACGUGUUCUACUAAUUGAUCUGAGACACAACUAAAACACUGAAACAUUCUAUGGUGUGUAUAUAACUUUGUGACCUUGAUUUCAACCCUAUUUGCGUCAUGGGUCAUUUUGCCCCGAAGACCACCUUUGUACUUUUUUUGUACAGCUUCCAUGGAAAUGUGAAUUAAAAACAACAUUUCAAUGUUUCUGCAGUUGGGGACAAUCUAGGAAAAGUCAUAAAAUUUCAAGUAAAAAAAAAAAAUCAUUUAAGGGGGUUUUGGGGCGUUUUUAACACAGUGACCGGUCAUUUUGACGCGAGGACAACAGGAGGGUUAGAGGUGUGCCCGCAGGCCGGAUACGGCCCGCAGGCCGUAGUUUGGGGACCCCUGACGUAAACUGUGCUACUUUAGAAGAUGAAACCGAUUGACCAGGGCAACAUUUUUGAAGGUUUUGGUCACCAGACCAGAUCAUCUCUCACCUGCGACUUGCCCGCAUGCUUUGAUAGAGGAAAAAACUUUUUGGGUUUGUUUUGUUUUGUUUUUUUGUUGUUGGUUGGUUUUGGGUUUUUUUUCUCUGCUCGUAGUACUAAUGUGAUGUAUUCUGUCCUCUGCUGCUGUUUGUUUCUGCUUGUUUAACUGCGGCAUGUCCCCCCCCCCCACAACCCCACCCCCUCCCUGUGUGUCAGACAAGAGAUGAAAUGCUAGUCUAAAGCCAUAAAAUGUUGAAUAUGAAUGGGGCUGAGAUGAAGCUCACCCGUUGUUUGUUUCCCCAGGGGGCCUGCACUGCUCUAUUUGGUUCUUGCUGUUAUGGAUUAAAAAAUGUAAUUAAAAAACACACACAGGCACACACAGAAACAAACUGCAUACAUGACUUAAAUGAUGUAUUUGUACAAGGAGAAUGGGUGAGGUAAUGAUACCAUUUGUUGUUAUUCAUCCGAACCUGAUUGUGAUUGGUCCUCCUGUGUCGAAAGCAGUUCUUGUCCCUUUAAGGAUUCACCCCAGGGAGCCGAAAGACUGUGACACACCGUCCAGCCACAAGAUGGAGCUGCCACUUUGUCAGGUUUGGUUUGCGGUGCAUCAGCCAAUGCCUGCAAAUACAUUAACAGUGGAUGUAAUGAAAUAUAUUGUAUUGUAUUAAAUUAUAAUAAAUGAUCAGUAUCAGAGAGGUAGUAACGUA